AUGGCCGGGGAAGUUAUUGAUCAACCUGAUCCUCCGCCAACAACCAGCCAUCUCCCGGUGCUGGUAGAAAAACUGGAGGUAAAGCCGCCAAAGGCGUCAUUAAACAGCCAUGAUUUGUGCUCACUCAGAGAAUUUCAACGGGCCGCAUGCUAUAUUGCUAGUUCUAUGAUCUUCCUCAAGGAUAAUGUUCUGCUGGAACGUGACCUACAAUUUCAGGAUGUGAAGCCAAGGCUUUUAGGGCAUUGGGGUACAUGUCCCGGGCUUAUACUCAUCUGGUCGCACUUGAAUCUUCUCAUCCGCGACAGUUCUGUGGAUAUGUUGUUCGUUAUUGGACCUGGCCAUGGAGCCCCUGCUGCGUUGGCUUGCCUGUGGCUUGAAGGUUCACUGCAGCGAUUCUAUCCAGACAGGUACCCAGUGAAUAAAGAAGGAUUGAAGAAUCUAAUCACAAAGUUCUCUGUGCCUGGAGGGUUUCCUAGCCACAUUAACCCAGAGACUCCAGGCUGCAUCCAUGAAGGUGGUGAACUAGGCUAUGCACUCUCAGUUUCUUUUGGUGCUGUGAUGGAUCAUCCAGAUCUAAUAGUCACAUGUGUCGUGGGAGAUGGUGAGGCCGAGACGGGCCCUACAGCAGCAGCAUGGCAUUCUAUCAAAUACCUCGACCCGGCCGAGUCCGGCGCAGUCAUACCUAUUCUCCAUGUUAACGGUUUCAAAAUUAGCGAACGUACCAUAUUUGGCUGCAUGGAUGACAAAGAGUUGACCCUACUGUUUUCUGGUUAUGGCUACCAGGUGUGCAUUGUGGAAACGCUAGAAGAUAUAGAUGUCGAGCUGCACUCUGCGUUAUUUUGGGCUUUGGCUGAGAUCAAGAAAAUCCAAGGUGCAGCACGCGGAGGCCAUCCUAUCAGCAAGCCUCGAUGGCCAAUGAUUAUUCUGCGGACUCCAAAGGGAUGGACCGGCCCUCGAAUGGUUGACGACAAGAUUAUUGAAGGCUCAUUUCACGCUCACCAGGUCCCCUUGACCAAAGCCAACAAGUCCGAGGAUCAUCUUCACAUUUUGCAGGAUUGGUUGAAGAGUUACGAUGUGCACAAGGUAUUGCCGAAUGGGAUACCAUCGCACGAUGUCUUGGACAACCUACCACCGGAAGAAGAGAAGAGACUGGGCCAACUUAAACUUGCAUACAACAGUUAUCGCGGUCUAGACAUGCCAGACUGGAAGCCACACGCAGCUAAUAAAUCUGAACAAGUUAGUAGCAUGGAACAAUCGGGCAAGUUUCUCUAUGAUGUUGCAAAGAAGAACCCGCGAAGUUUUCGCAUAUUCUCUCCAGACGAGCUAGAGAGCAACAAACUCAGCGCUGUGUUGGACCAAUCCGGGAGAAAUUUCCAAUGGGAUCAAUACUCUCGCGCCUCAGACGGCCGCGUAAUCGAGAUAUUGUCAGAACAUUGCUGUCAAGGCUUCCUGCAAGGAUAUACCUUGACGGGGAGAACGGCCAUUUUCCCAAGCUACGAGUCAUUUUUGGGAAUAAUUCACACCAUGAUGAUCCAGUACGCCAAAUUCUCCAAGAUGAGCCGCAAAUUAUCAUGGAGAGGCGACCUGAGCUCCAUCAAUUAUAUCGAAACGAGCACAUGGGCACGACAAGAACACAAUGGCUUUUCACACCAAAAUCCUUCAUUUAUCGGCGCGGUUUUGAACCUUAAGGCCGAAACAGCAAGAGUUUACUUGCCACCUGACGCGAAUUGCUUCCUUAGCACUUUAGAUCAUUGCCUCAAGUCUAAAAACUAUGUGAACUUGAUGAUCGGAUCCAAGCAGCCCACACCAGUUUACCUCUCCACUGAAGAUGCGAUCCAGCACUGCAAAAAUGGCAUUUCGAUGUGGAGAUUUGCGAGUACAUACAACGGCGAAGACCCAGACGUGGUUCUUGUUGGAAUUGGCGUUGAAGUGACAUUUGAGGUCAUUAAAGCCGCAGAACUCUUGGCCACGCUUGUACCAGAGCUACGGAUUCGGGUCAUCAACGUUACAGACCUGUUAGUCCUGCCGGUUGAAUCGCAUCACCCUCACGCCUUAGAGCCAAAAGAGUUCGACUCAAUGUUCACAUUGGACAAGCCAGUGUGCUUCAACUACCAUAGCUAUGCGACAGAGCUGCAAGGGCUGCUCUUUGGGCGCCCGGCGUUGCAUCGCAUGACGGUUGAAGGUUACAAGGAGGAAGGUAGCACCACAACGCCGUUUGAUAUGAUGCUUGUUAAUGGCGUCAGCCGUUUUCAUGUUGCUUCAAGAGCCCUCAAAGCUUCAGCUCAGCAGAAUGAUGUGAUUCGAGACAAGUUGAGUACGUUGCUAAACAAAAUCAGCGAGGACAUGACAAGUAUCAAAGACUACAUCGCAGAAUAUGGGAAAGAUCCAGACGAUGUUUACGAGCUGAAUUUUGGCGGAUCCAAAGCUUAG